AGAAGGACUCCGUGUUCUCCCGGCGGUGGGCUGGGCCCGAGGCCCGCGGACGGCCUGCGGUGGGGCCCUGGGUUCGAGGUCGCCCGCCGCUGACCAGCUCUGUCCGGGCCUCUCGGGCCUCAGUUUCCCUCCCGCGUGGAUCCAGGGGCGGCUUCGCGGACCGCCCGGUGCCCUAGGAACCACAAAGUCAAAGGGCUAAGCCGAGUGGUUGGACAAGAGGCCCUCGCCCUCUUGCUGUGAAUCUGCUGUUCUUAUGGGAGCCAUGAAGCUGAACGAGAGGAGUGUGGCCCACUAUGCACUAAGCGACUCCCCGGCCGACCAUACGGGCUUUCUGCGCACUUGGGGCGGGCCAGGGGCUCCACCGACCCCCAGUGGCACUGGCCGAAGGUGCUGGUUUGUCCUCAAAGGCAACCUGCUCUUCUCCUUUGAGAGUCGUGAGAGCCGGGCCCCGCUGAGCCUGGUGGUGCUGGAGGGCUGCACAGUGGAGCUGGCCGAGGCUCCCGUGUCUGAGGAGUUCGCCUUCGCCAUCCGCUUCGACGCCCCUGGUGUGCGCCCACACCUGCUCGCGGCCGAUGGGCCCGCGGCGCAGGAGGCCUGGGUGAAGGCCCUGUCCAGGGCGAGCUUUGGCUACAUGCGCCUGGUGGUGCGCGAGUUGGAGAGCCAACUGCGUGAUGCCCGCCACAGCCUGGCCUUGCAGCGCCACUCAUCCUGGAAGGCCACUGGUGGCCACUGUAAGCCCCAGGCUCCUGACCGCCGGUCUCCGGGCCUGGAAAACGGUCACUCCCCCUCCAAGGAUUGCAGCCCCAUGGACUUGGUUGAAGAAAGGUGCAGCAGGCCAGCAGGGCGGGGCUUGGCCGAGUGGCAGGGCCCUGCCAGCCACUUCCUGGGCAGGAGGCAGAGCCCCUCAUGCCCUGAGACCUCCUACUUCUCUACCCUGCACAACUGGUAUGGCGAGGAGAUCAUGGAGCUGAGGCAGAGGUGGCUGCAGAGGGUCUGGGGGAGCCAGCCAGAACGUGAGAAGCAGGAUGGGCCCUGAGCCUCAGCCUUUCGGGUUCUGCCCUUAUCUUGCUGGUCAGGACUCCAGGGCCAGUGCUUUUUCAGGAAUUACAGGUUUAUUCGGUUUAAAGUUGCUUUUUUUGAGAGGGUUCUUUCCUUCCUGCUUUUUAGACCUUCUCCAGGUUCCAGAUCCACCCCCGUGCCUGGAGGGGACUGAGGAAUCAUUCCUUCCAGCCCCUUUAUUUCCGGAGGCCCAGAGAGGAGAGGGGGCUUGCUUAGCAGCCCCAGAGCCAGACCCAAGUCUCCCACCGCUGUGCUGGACUGCCCCUCGCUCAGGGGAUACUAAGGAACGGGAGGAAGUGGGGACUAUUACGUGGCCACAGACUGCCGUGCGUUUUUACCUACACACCAGACUACAAGCACAACUUCCUACACCGGGAGUCUUGUGUACAUUUAAAUACCAGUUGGCUGAAGUGUUGGCUCGAGGGACUGACAUCAUCCGAGAAAGUAGAUUUAUUGUCCCGGGGGUUUCUGGGGCCCAGCUCUUCCUGAGUGGUGGGGCAUAGGACCCCACUCUGCAGUUUGGGUGGGGCCCUUGGAGGGAGAGGGCCUUCAGCCAGCAGAGGGAUUGAUUCUGCUCAGAAAGUGUUGGGGCCUCCAGCUUCUCUCCUUCGCUGCCCUGUCUAUAGAUGGUGCUGGUCAUUGCCCCAGGAGGGGCUGGUGGCAGAAAUCCUUCCUGUAUUCUGUCCUUAGAAGCUAGCUCCUGGAGCUGCCACUUGGGAAGCUAAAGGAGUUGGAAGGCAAUGGGGCUCUUUGGGGAAGCCAGGUUGUUAUUUUGGUUCUCAGUCACGGUCAUUCUAGGAGCUUGGACACGGGAUUCCCAGCACCGUGUGAUAAACUCUUCUCUCCUAACUGUACUCCCAACGAGCCGUUCCUGAUCCUGAACCUGGCCUGGGAACUCAUUCACUGUCCUGCUUGUCAGCCAGUGCUUAUCUGCCAAGACCCUCUCAUUGCUACUCUCAGCAGCAGUGGUGCCAAGUGUUUUCUUUAUUGAUCGUUUAGGGAGGCAAAGUGGCUGGAUGGAGAGAGCCAGCAGCCAGACUAGCCUGAGCCCUGGGGGUGUGGCAGCAGCGGCUGGAUGGAAGAUGCAGAGUCUGGUCCAGACAUCCCCCCUCUGCCUGCACAAAAUCUGCCCCUUCUUAGCCUCUCCAGCCCUUAUUAGGACCUUGGGUACACUGCCCAGGGCCCCACUAGGUCUAGAAGCUUCGACUCAGCCUCCUAAGUCCAGGACGCCGAGAGGCCACCAGGGUCCGGCGCCCAUUCCGGCGGGCUUGUUUCCCAGCCCCAUGCACGAGCCCACAGCCCACUGCGCCUUGUUUUAUACACAGAUACUACAGGCUUUUGUUAUCGUUUUUUUACGGUUACAAUGUUUUUUUUAUAUGAUUAAAACACUAAGUUUUUAUUACUCA